GAGCUCGUCAUCCGGGAUGUUGAACAGUACAACAACUUCUUGUGAGCAGAAGGAGAAGUGCACCGUGAGCGACUACAAACAGGUGAUGACGACCUGGAAAAAGGCGUUCAACCAGCAGAUUGCGACGGUGUGCCUGCCCGCGUUUCACGUGUUAUCAAAUGCAAAAAUUAUGUCUGGGUCUGGAAGAAUGCAAGUUUGUCAUGCUUGUCUGGCAUGACUCGAGAAUCUGUGUUGCAUAGGCACGAAGAGGCCCUCUUACCUGUCAUGCAAAAACGCAGCUUGCCAUGCGGAAUACGUAAGACAUGGGAGCCAAAAAGUUUGUCAUGCAUAGCUGCGUAUUGCAGUGCGUCUCCCAUUCACUUUUAGCAUUACAAGUUUCCAGACCCAGACAUUUUUGCAAUCCAUACGUGUGUAAAUGGUACCAUUUGAAGUGGCUGCUGAAGGCGUUUCCGACGCAAGAUUUGUAUACCAGCUUCGCCUAUCAAGUGCAAAAAUGUCUGGGUCUGGAAGAGUGCCAGGUUUGUCAUGCAUAUUUUGUAGGACAUGUGACGCCUGUGAGGCAUGGCCUAGCAUCGCAGAUUUUUAGGGGGCUUCCUUAUGCGUAAUCCGCAUGAGAAAUGCCCUCUCCGUGUAGAAGAAACUGGGCUCCUCUUGCUAGUCAUGCAACACAGAUUUUUUUGGAAUCCAAGGACAGCGUCACAAGUUGCAACCUUCCAGACCCAGACAUAUUUGCAAUGCAUAUCGCGAUGGUGCAGUUCGGCCACACGAUGCACUUCCCGGUCCUGCACUGGACGCUGUUCCACGGGGUCCAGCGCUUCGAGCCGGAGCUGUUGUUCAAGUGCUGGAGACCGAACUAUCAAAAGGAAAAAUCCCCCCUCCCCAUAUCAAAACGAAACUUCUGAUGCUGGAAUUGGAUACACAAAUCAAAUUUGUGUUGCAGUAGAGGAAUGCACGCAGAUCCUGAGCCUAGGUGGGGGCCUUUUGGUGUAUGCGCCUAGCAUGGUAGACGGCUACCCUGUAGGCCUUACAGCAUUACAAAUCGCCUGCAUAACUUGGCGGACAGCCUGACUGGGCCUCCUUGCAAGGCAGACCCGAUUUGUGGUCACAAAUCUGCAUGACGAAUUUUCUGACGGAUGCGUUUUCAAUAUGGGGAGGGGGGAUUUUUCCUUGCAACACGAACGACAAAGCCAUGGUCGCAGCCAACGCCUGGGUGACGACGAAUCAGGUAAGCCCUCGGAAUCAUGUGACGGCUACUUCUACUUCAAGAGUUGUAGGAGGGGUUCUUGCACCAGCAGCACCUGGUGGGGGCGAAAUAAACUCAUCUACAACUGCGGCGGCAAAGCAACUAGGAGUUCUUGUGCAGCAAAACAAGCACUUAUCCAGGAAAAAAAGUGUGUAAGUGUAACUUUCUUUGAGAAACAGCAUCACAAAUUUGCUCUACAUGACAGAGAAAACCUGUCAUGCGUGGCUUGUAAGGGAAAACACACGUGAAAAGAGGACUUCACGGCUGUCUGGCAUGACAGGCGUAACUCUGUUGCAUGUUCUGCAACACAAAUUUACACUUACACAGUUUUUUUCUUGCAUAGCACUACCUUCCACUCCACGACGACGAGCGGUUUUACCCGCAGAAGUAUCAAAUGUAA